AUGGGUCGAACAGUUGUUGACGAUAGCGACGAAAACAAUGACGAAUCACCGAAGAAACGAGUAGUGAAUGAUUUGGAUUCAGAUUCGAGCUCGGAUUCGGAGGUUGAUCUCGAUGAAGAGCAAUAUAUUGUUGAAAAAAUUAUCAAAAUGCGUACAACAAAAAAGGGCAAAGUCGAAUAUCUACUCAAAUGGAAAGGCUUCUCUCACAAUGAGAAUACAUGGGAGCCUGCCGAAAAUCUUGAAUGUCCCGAAUUGAUCUCUGCUUUCAUGGCUGAACAAAAAGAAAAACAACAGGCAUCACACACGAAAACAAAUGAAACAUCAAACAGCAAACGAUCUCGUAGUACCAGUGGUACUCAUAAAAACAGUGAUGAUGAUAGUAAGAAUAACAACAAUAAUAAUAAUAACAACAGUUCACAGACCAAACGGUCGCGUGUCGAGUACAAUGAGACAGGUUAUGGACGAGGACUUGUACCAGCUGAAUUGAUAGGUGCAACCGAUAUUUACGAUGGAGAAUUGAUGUUUUUAGUAAAAUGGAAAGGUGUAACUAAACCUGAACUUGUUCCAUCGCGUAUUGUAAAUAAGGAAUCUCCUCAACUUGUGAUCGCAUUUUAUGAAGCACGUUUAACAUGGAAUUCGACAAACAGCAGUAAUAAUUCAUCGAAUCAUAACAAAGUUUAA